AAAUGCCUCUAUCUAACCACUAAAUUUUGCAUGACUCAAACCUGAUUAACACUGUUUUUAAUUCUCUAUUUCCAGCAUCCAAUCACAUGGCGCCACCAUCCUCCUCCCUUGUUUUCACAGUGCGUAGAUGCGAACCUGAGCUUAUUGUCCCUGCAAAACCUACCCCUCACGAUCUGAAACUACUCUCAGACAUUGACGAUCAAGAUGGCCUUCGUUUUCAGAUUCCUGUGAUUCAAUUUUACAGGUACAAUCCUUCAAUGCAAGGGAAAGAUCCGGUGAAGGUGAUCCGAGAGGCCAUUGCGAAAACUCUAGCUUUUUAUUAUCCAUUUGCUGGUAGGCUUCGAGAAGGGCCUAAACGUAAACUUAUGGUGGAUUGUACUGGAGAGGGUGUUUUGUUCAUUGAGGCUAACGCCGAUGUUACACUUGACCAAUUUGGAGAUUCGCUUCAGCCUCCAUUUCCAGGCUUGGAACAACUUCUUUAUGAUGUUCCUGGCUCUGCUGGGGUGGUCAAUUCCCCUUUGUUACUUAUUCAGGUGACACGUCUCAAGUGCGGUGGUUUCAUAUUCGCGCUCCGGCUGAAUCACACAAUGAGUGAUGCAGCAGGUUUAGCGCAGUUCAUGUCGGCAGUUGGUGAGAUAUCACGUGGGGCUGAAGCUCCCUCUGUCCCACCAGUUUGGGAAAGACACGUUCUUGACGCUCGUAACCCACCACGUGUCACUUGUACUCACCACGAAUACGAUGAAGUAGCUGACAUCAAAGGCACGAUCAUACCACUCGAUGACAUGGACCACCGUUCUUUCUUUUUCGGCCCCUCCGAAAUUUCCGCUAUUAGAAAAUGUGUCCCUCUUCAUCUCCGCGGUUGCUCCACUUUUGAAAUACUCACCGCUUGUCUCUGGCGUUGCCGAACUAUUGCUCUCCAGCCAGACCCCACUGAAGAAAUGCGUAUAAUAUGUAUCGUAAAUUCACGUUCUAAGUUUAACCCUCCAUUGCCUUCAGGUUAUUACGGUAAUGGGUUUGCAUUUCCUGUUGCUUUAACCACUGCGGAUAAGCUUUGUAAAAAUCCCUUGGGGUAUGCUUUGGAGUUGGUGAGACAGGCUAAAGCUGAUGUGACAGAGGAAUACAUGAGGUCGGUGGCAGAUCUAAUGGUGAUAAAGGGUAGACCACAUUUUACAGUAGUGAGAUCAUAUCUUGUAUCAGAUGUAACAAGGGCUGGAUUUGGAGAUGCUGAUUUUGGUUGGGGGAAAGCGGUGUAUGGUGGACCUGCCAAAGGUGGAGUGGGAGCCAUUCCUGGAGUGGCUAGUUUUUAUAUACCUUUUAGGAACAAGAAAGGAGAGGAUGGGAUUGUGGUGCCAUUUUGCUUGCCUGCUCCUGCCAUGGUCAGAUUUGUCAAGGAGCUUGACAGCAUCUUGAAUGGCCAAACAGUUGAUAGUGAGAGUAAAUCCACUCUUAUCAUUUCUGCUUUGUAAAACAGCAGUAUUUAGUUUUCUGUGGCCACAAUUAAUAAGGUGAAGGCAUGUUAAAUUUUAUGGCAAUUUUUUUUCAGUGGAUUACGCUUUUAUCCCUA